UUGGCGAGGAGUACUGUUCCGGCUUCAUCGACACCUUCGGCAAGUGGAGCAAUGGGUUCGCGUGCCCCCGGCUGGACAACGAUGAGCCUGUCUACUGCUGCGGCACGGACAACUACAAGUACUGUUGCACCAAGCGGGACAUGCACGCCCUCUCCCACGACAUCCCGCAGCUGCCGCUGGUCCUCGGGGUGGUGUUCGGUGUCGCUGUGGCUGUCAUCGUCAUCGUGGUGGUGUCCUGCUUCCACUGCUCCUGCUGUCUGCUGUACAAGAAGCGCCAGCCUACUAAUGGAGGUCCUCUCUACCAGAUGCACUGUCCCUCCACAGCCUCGGGUGUGGCAAACAUGUACAGCUUCUCCGGAACCACCACGCCCUCGGAAACGCCAAGGUCCAUCUCAAGAGCUUCGUCGAGGUCCCACGGCACGGUAGAGUCCGGCUCCACCACCAACAACCACGUGGACCACAGUCACCUGCUGGAGGGGGAGGACGGGCGCGCCGGCCUGCCCUCCUUCAUCACGGACCGCCGCAACAACCACACGCACAGGCCAGUAUCCAUGAGUGACCGGUCCAGCACGGUGUCAGACGGAGUUCCUGGCCCCAUCCUUGAGCUGCCGCCGCCCUACUGCGCCCCGCACUCCACGCUGGUCGCUGUCCGCACCGCCACCUCCACGCCCUCACAACGCCCCUGCCCUCCCUCCUUCACCGCCGCCAACAGCCCCUACGUCAUCAGUGGAGGCGAGGGAGGUUAUGCGCCUGGUCACCUGGCAACCUUCCCACAAACCUUCCUCUCUCCUGCCUCGCCCGCCCGCCCACCCUCUGUCAGACCACCGCCGCCCUCGCUGACCCAGAACUUCGCCCCGGCCAUCGCGCCCACCACCCGCCCGUGCAGCACCGCCCACAUCAUCCACACCCACCACCCGGGCGCCGACGACCACCUCUACACCGCCACCAAGUUCUAAAAGUGAUCGAAGUCUUCCGCGGCUCCCGGUGGAAAUCUGAGGGCCGUGUCUUAUUGGAGGAACGGGAAGAGGCGGCGGUGAGGGAGGCGAGGGUGAGAGUUCUGGGUCGUUUUGGCUUACGACGAAGGAGGAGGAAGGGGUGAUGAGGCAGAAGGGACGACGGUGAAGAGAGGACUGGGAGAAGGGAAGACGAGGAUAAGAAGAUGAUGGACAUGGGAUAACGAAGAGAGGAAGACAAGACGAAGAAGAUAGGUCACCACAGAAGAAAGUGAAAAGAGGUAGAUGGAAACGUUCUCAUGAUACUGACUCCCAAAACUGAGACAAAGAAAACCGCUAAAAAGAACAUGCCAUGACUUCUUGCUAUAUAAAAUCGUGAUCGUUACAGGGAAGUGAAAACGAGGCAUACAGAAAGAGGUGCUGAAAGAAAUAUAAACGUACAGCUUCGUGUGGUGGUUCAGGGCAGUUGGAAGUGACGUUAAACUCAGAGGCUUCGGAAGGACAAUGGGAGGGCCUGAGGGAUGGGCUUAAGUGUUGUUAUCUCCCAGACCAAGAGGCGGGAAAGGAUGAGGCUGACCCUGGGUGGUGAUUGUGGCGUCUUUGGGAGGAGAGUGGAAAGUCGAGUCGAGUCUGUUGGCCAGUCUCUUGGCGGGUUCUGAAGGAUUUGCGGCUCACGUCAGGAGUGAAGAAAAUAAGAAGAAAUGCCUUUGUCAGAGUUCUUAGCGUUAUGCAAGACGGCCCUCCACGAGUUUGUAUAUAUACUGAGUGACUCUUCCUCCUGUUGAAUUCUUAAUGAUUCUAAUUCUCAUUAUUCUGCUUUUCCAGCUUUGUCAGGAUAAUAUUGUUAAAAGUCAGAGUAAGAGAGAGAUUUGUAAAGGACUAUUUUUAGUAUAUAUAUUUCUGGUAUUGUAUUUUGUAGAGGUAAAAUGAACGAAAUAUUAAGAAUAGAAAAAAAUAACAGGUAUAUAUGACGACAAAAAUGUCAUAUGGUAACGCUAAACUUCUCAAGACGAUGGAAAACCAGAAGUAAGAGGAGAAAGUCCUGCGGAGAGGUUGAGAGGAUAAAAUCAAGCCAAAUCCUGUGCCGUCACUUCCUGCAGGAGGGGUCGCGGGGGGGUGGGGGUGGGGGGGGGGUUGAGUCAGUCUCCCCCAGUCUUAAGGGGCGGCGACCCCCGAAGUAACGGAGCCGUCCACUUGAAACUUCCAGUGACGGCCGGCCGGACUGGGGAGGCGGGUCGGGCUCAGUUAGGGGUUACAACAAGAAGUGAGUGGGGCAAGAAGAAGGAAAGGAGCGGAAGGGGGGAGGAAGAGGAGGAGGACGGAAAGAAGCAGAAGGAAGAGGUUACGAAGAUUGAGAAGAGGAACCGCCAGCUGUGGAUUCAGGAGUCGUGUUUAAAAGUUCUCCUCCUCCUCCUCCUCCUCCUCCUCCUCCUCCUCCUUCUCUCCGUCCUCUACAUCCUCCUCCUCCUUCGCCAAGCCUCAUGGAGAAAGUUCACAAGACUUUGGAGGAAAAUGUAGAAAGAAGAGUGCGGGCGUGUCUGUGGUGAGAAGUGUCUGUGAGCGUCUUGUCUGGUCAGAGGAAGUCGGUCGUCUCGCUGGGUGUGUCUGUGUCUGUCUGUGUGUCUGUGUGUCGAAAGAUUCAUUGAUGGCGCUUCCGAGAGUUUAAAAUGCUCAUUUGUGCAGUUUGAAAGCCUUUUAAUAGCUCACAUAUAGAGUCUCGGAAGAGUUUGUAAACUCAUUUGAGGAGCUUUCUGAGAGUUUAUGAGCUACUUUGUGGAGCUUUUUGUAAAUGUAAAGACUCACUUUUUGAUCUUCGCGGAGGCCGGCGGGUCACGGACGGAGCCGCCGCCAAGACUUCCGGAAGGAGGAUUCUCAGAUGGCGAUAUUUUCAUGUAUAUAAAACACUCGCACAAGUCCAACUAUUUUUGUGGUGCAUAACGUUGCUGGGGCUUAAGGAGCACGCCGGGAGGGUCGUUGUCGCUGUCCCGGAGCAUCGAGAGGAGCGCCAAGCCAGGGAGGAGAAAGUGACUCGGAUUUAGCAAGAUACUUUUUGGUGCCGCCUCGCCGUCAGCCCGCGUCCAGCAGUCCGGCGAGGGAAGGGUUGUGGUCGGCACCGCUACUGCCCCGGUACCCUGCAAGCCGAGGACGGGCUGGCGCGAGGCUGAGGCGAGGGUGUUGGCGCCCGUCGCUCUCCAGUGGCCGAGAGAGAGUGAAAAUCAGGUGGAAUCAACCGUCCACUCGUUUGUCUUUUCUUGAGGGCAAUUUUGCUGACAUUUGUACGUAGAAGAAGAGAAAAAUCUUCUAUCUUGGUAACUUUGUACGCGUUCUUUAUACACUGAGACAGAGAUAUUUCAUACCUGUAGAGCCUCCUUCUUGUAUAUAAAAAAAGGCACAGGUAGGAUGUCUGUGCGAGAUUCACCUGUCCUUAGAGAGAAAAAAAAACUUGGGUGUGUUGAAAGUGUGUCGGCAGCAGAAGGAUGAAGCAGUUGACGUCUUAAGCCCAACCUUAGCCACGACAACAAGCAACUCAGGGCCUUAACUGGUGCGAUUCGAGGCGCUCUCAACCAUUUUUACUUCCCUUCAGUGUGUGUGUGUGUGUGUGUGUGUGUGUGUGUAAGGGGAUGUCAUUGUGUGUGUGUGCCAGAUCGCGGCCACAACUCUAUUCCCUUCCUCUUCCCUUUCUCCCUUCGCCGAGUGACGCCCUCGAUCCCAUGACUCGUAGCCUAGCACACCCUGACCAGCCACCAACCCUCACGCCGGUGUCACUGCGCCCUCUCCUUCACCUUCCCAUCUCGCGGGUCAGUCUUGCCCUCUGUCUUUCUCUUUUCUGUAUUUUCACACCUGUUUGUUCAUCUCAGACUAUACACUUCAUACAUAGGUACACGCGUGGACACACACACACACACACACACACACACCGCACAGAAAAAAUAUAUAUCAUGUGUUGUUGAGGCAGCACAAAAACGCUCCUGCUACACCAUUCCUCCUCCUCCUCCUCCUCCUCCUCCCUUGCACAGUGCCUGAGAGACGUCGCCGCCGCAGCCUCCCUCAAGCACCUGGGCAGCCGCUGUCUCGGUAUCCGAAUAAAAUGGGGGAUUUUAUUCGGAUACGGUUCUCCCGCGCACUCCCUCCUUCCCUCUGUGAUGCCGGAGAUGUCGGGGUGGCGGGCGCUUCCUCUCCUCAUGUUUGUAAAGCUUUCUCUUCACCUACAUAUAUAUUUUUCCUAAUGUUUAAGAUGUGUAUACACUGGUCUGCGUUUUGAGCUUAAAGAGAUAUCUACGAUUUAUAUAUAUAGCAGAAAAAUUACCUAAAAUAUCCUGUUGGUAUGACUGGCAUUUGAAGUUUGGUAAUAAAUAAAAAUGUAUAUAUAUAGAGAGAGAAAUGCAUAUUACAUCCAAGUUUAAAUGUAGCUAUUCCUAAAUACGUAAAUGCAUAUAUAUAUAUAUAUUCAGUGAGGUUUUUGUACACUAUUAGUCAGCAGCUGUUUCAUACAAGAGCCAUGAAAUUUGCACAUGUGAACUGUUUGAGGUUUUACAAAAGAAUAUUAAACAUGUACAAAUUUCAUGUUGGUGGAGUCGCCGGAAGGAUAUAGAAGAUAGUUAUGUUUAUGAGAGAGAGAGAGAGAGAGAGAGCAAAAAAACAACUGACUCCUUCCUGUCCAGUGUUGUAAAUAUAUAUUGUGUGUGCAUUGCAGUGGAAGAUGACAAAUUUAUACAUAAUAUAUCUUGCAAGGUUUUCGUCCAUACGGUAAUUUGUUAUGUGCGUUGUUGUGUUACCGUCAAUGUACGUACCACCACCACCACCACCACCACUACCACCACCACUACCUUGUUCCUGCUUGCGAGUGUGUUGUUUGUUCGUGCGUGCGUCGGUGCGGCCCCUUAAAACCAGAACUCUUCCCCCCACCUCCCCCGUGAUACCCUCCCUCACCCCCUUCAAAAAAAUACGUAAGGGGGAUCAAGGGAUAAUGUAAUGGAGGGUGGAGAGGGGGGAGGGGUUGCUGCUGCCUGGCCCCGCUACUUAAGUUGAGUUUUGUAUGUAUAAGUUGGUAAUAAAGUGCCCUUUUCUGACA